UGCAUUCAGUUAUUGUUAGUUGAGCUGGUCAAAUUGACAAAUUAAGAAGAAUGGGAGAGAGGGGUGGGGCAUCUGCACUUUACGUGAUUUUUAUCACAAUUAUUUAGCGUAAUGAUUUCCUUAAGUUCUGAUUGGUUAAUGAUGACGAUAAAAUUAUUCAAGGGAUGUUUUGCCAAAUACUAGGUUAGACGAUUUGCUGUCAAAUGUAACGUGAGUAUAAUUAAAUUAUGAAAAUACAUUUGUGAAAGAAGGCACAGGGUUUACUGUUGGUGGACCCACAGUCAUCAGGAGCAGUUCACACUGUGGGGGAUCUAAAAGCUUCCCCAAAAAAGGCACACUGCUUCAUGAUGCCUCUUACAAUCAUGUCUACAACUCUCAUAUGUGGCAUGUUGUUAUUGGUGUGUGCAGUGACUUAUGUGGGUCCAUUCUCUACCAUUAAGAAGGUGGCAGAACUACAAAAUGGGGAUAAAGUUACACAAAGAUCCUAUGCAAUAGUUUUUGAUGGAGGUAGUACAGGAACACGAAUUCAUGUGUUCACCUUUUUGAACAGCACAGAAACAGGCCUAACCCUUCUGGAUGAAUACUUUCAAGAGGUUAAACCUGGACUAUCAAGCUAUGCUGAAUCUCCAUCAGAGGCUGCCAGCAGUAUUGUAUCCCUUUUAGAAAAGGCUAAAACAGUGAUUCCAUCUGAAUGUUGGAGUGGCACCCCCUUGUCUUUGAAGGCCACAGCAGGACUUAGAUUUCUACCAAGCCAUACAGCUGAUGCCAUUCUAGAUGAGGUUGACAAAAAAAUCAAAAGCUACCCAUUUCUUGUUUCCAACGAUUCUGUUUCAAUCAUGGAUGGAGAUGAUGAAGGAAUUUUUGCAUGGUAUACAGUUAAUUUUCUUUUAGGCCAUUUAAGCAAUGCUUCACACACUGUUGUCACACUGGAUCUUGGGGGUGGUUCUACUCAAAUCACAUUUCAGCCAACCAAUCUGGAUAUGCUAGUAUCCAUUCCCAAGGAAUACUUAGUGAAGUUAAAAAUUCAAGAAAAACCUGCUUUCCUUUAUACCCACAGUUACUUGGGUAAUGGACUGAUGUCUGCUCGUCUCUCCAUACUUCAGUCAUCAAGUUCUGGUGAAAAAUCUGCUCAUGACAAAACCGAAAUUUUGCGUAGUCCUUGCAUUCAUCCUCUCAUUAUGAAAUCGUGGCAACAUGGUGGAAUGGAGUAUCUUGUAAUGGGACUAGAGUCUGGAAACUAUGGGUUUGAUGCUUGUUUUGACAGAGCAAAGACGUUUGUUGGGAAUAACAUACAUGUAGCAGAAGAACUGAAGCAGCGACCAGUGUAUGCUAUGUCCUACUAUUAUGACAGAGCUGUUGACUCAGAAUUAAUAGAUAAAGAUGAUGGUGGUGUGGUGCUAGUUGAAGACUUUUUAAAAGCUGCAAAAAAAGCCUGUUCUAGUGAUGGUAAUGUCAACAUGCCCUUUCUGUGUCUGGACCUGACCUAUAUUGCCUCAUUACUCUACAAUGGUUUUGAUCUUAAUUUAAGCAAAGAAAUAACUCUUGUUAAAAAGAUCAAGACCUUUGAGACAAGCUGGGGUCUGGGAGCAGCCUUCAAUCUUCUAGCCCGUGUUUGAUGAACUUAUUACGAACUUUACCAGUAUCAAAACAUUACUAUAGGUUUGUUGUUCUAUUUCAAAAUUAUUAUGAGAUUUCCUGAAAAAUUGUAUUUUGCAUAUGAUAUAAUUUUGUAACAAACUGAGAAAUUAUGUAAAAAAGUUUUUUGUUGUUGUUGCAAAAGUAUAGUGGAAAUGUGUCAAAAUUAUGUGAGGAGGAGGUAUUUUUGUGAAAUUUCAAACCAAAGACAUGUUUAAGUAUUUACUGAAUAACCAAAAGGAAAUUUUAUGAAAACUAUAUAUAUAUAUUAAAAUCAAAUCUUAUAUAUAUAUAUAUUUACUUACUGUAACCUUUUUUUUUUUUUUAUCUUAAUUUUCUGAGCAUGCUAUUAGAAUUUGCACCCUAGUCAAUCCUUGUUGAAAAAAGUUUUAGUUUAGUUGUUGAGAAAAAUAUCUUUAUUGUUAAAAGGUUUCAGUUAAUUUUCUAUGGUUGAGGUAUGUUACUUGUAGCAAAAUUUCAAAUAAGGCAAUAAACUGAAAAAGUACAAUUAUUUGCCCUAUACUUUUGUAAUGUAUCCCUCAUAAUUUUACUUGUUACGUAUGUUGCUUAAGUAAAAUUAAAAGAAACAUUUUUAUCU